GCCGUGCCCAUGCGAUUGGUGGCAUAAUUACAGCCAUACAUAUUCUUGUUUUGUUUUGUCUGUAUUUGAAUAAAUAAAUUGUCAAAAUGAAACCCCUUAUGCUUCAUGGGCACGAACGUGCCAUCACGAUGAUUAAAUUCAACAGGGAAGGUGAUUUGAUCUUCUCUGCUUCAAAAGAUAAAAAGCCUAAUGUCUGGUAUUCUAUAAAUGGAGAAAGGCUAGGUACUUUUAAUGGACACAAUGGUUCUAUUUGGUGCAUUGACGUAAACUGGGACUCAACUCGUCUCUUAUCAGGCAGUGGUGACAAUUCCUUGAGAUUCUGGGAUUGUCAAUACGGCAAAGAGAUUUCAAAACUUAACACAAAGAGUUCGGUAAGAACUUGCAGUUUCAGUUUUUGUGGAAACUUAGCUGUUUACACCACUGACAAAGCUCUUGGACAUAAUUGCGAAAUGUUCAUUAUUGAUGUAAGAGCUCCAGAACCUGUUCUUCAACCAGAAGAUAACAUCUGCAGAACAAUGAUGGCUGAGUCUAGAGUAUCUUCUGUACUUUGGGGUGCUUUGGAUGAAACUAUCAUAACUGGUCACGAAAAUGGUACUUUAGCUAUCUGGGAUAGCAGGACUGGAAAAAAAUUAACUGACGCUGAAGGACAUUCAGCACCUGGAAGUGAUAGAUCAAACCGGUCUUCCAUUAAUGAUAUGCAAUUUAAUAAAGAUGGAACCAUGUUCAUUACUGCAUCUAAAGACCACACAGCCAAGCUGUUUGAUAGUGAGUCCUUGGUUGGUUUAAAAACUUACAAAACAGAGCGUCCAGUUAACUCUGCCACUAUUUCUCCAACUCAUGAUUAUGUCGUUGUUGGAGGUGGUCAAGAUGCAAUGGAUGUAACCACAACAUCUGCCAAGCAAGGAAAGUUUGAUGCUCGUUUCUAUCACAUGGUCUUUGAAGAAGAAUUUGCACGAUUGAAGGGUCAUUUUGGUCCAAUUAAUUCUCUAGCUUUCCACCCGAACGGACGCACACUUGCUACCGGUGGAGAGGACGGUUAUAUUCGUAUUAACAAUUUAGACCAAUCAUACUUUGACUAUCAAUUUGAAUAUUAAAUCAUUUGAAAAUUAUUCACAUUAAAAAUACAUUUUUAUUAAAAUUUCUUGACUUUUGUCUGAUUUUUAAUCAUAAGAGUAAAACAGUUUUUUACAUACCACCUAAUUGUAUAUAAACAUGUAACUUCUUGAAUUAUAUUUGUAACAAUGUUUUA